AUGGACUGAAGGUGCCAGAAUUCCCUUCCCCCUGUUAUUUUACCCUUUUUAAUUAUAUAAGUUCCCAAAGAAACCAGAAGCCUCUUCUCAUCACUAUAUAUAUAGGAUGCUCACGUAGUCUACAUUCAUCGUGCAAUUGUUCAGAGCUUGGUGAUAAACACUUCAGCAAUUAACAAUUUCUGCAUUAGAGUCUUGUGCUUUCUAAGUUCUUUUUAUUUUUUUUAUUUUUUCAAACAUGUCUCUCAUUCCUAGCCUUUUCGGUGGUCGAAAAACCAAUGUGUUUGAUCCGUUCUCUCUAGACGUAUGGGAUCCAUUUGAUGGCUUCCCCAACUCUGCGUUGUCAUCCAAUGUUCCUGCAAGCGAAACCUCUGCAUUUGCCAACGCAAGGAUUGAUUGGAAGGAGACCCCAGAAGCACACGUAUUCAAAGCUGACCUUCCAGGGCUCAAGAAAGAGGAGGUGAAAGUGGAGGUGGAAGAAGGUAGAAUCCUUCAGAUCAGUGGAGAGAGGAGCAGAGAGCAAGAGGAGAAGAACGACAAGUGGCACCGUCUUGAAAGGAGCAGUGGGAAGUUCCUACGCAGGUUCAGGUUGCCCGAAAACGCAAAGAUGGAUGAGGUGAAAGCUGGCCUUGAGAAUGGAGUGCUUACUGUGACUAUUCCUAAGGUGGAGGAGAAGAAGCCUGAGGUGAAGCCCAUUGAGAUCUCUGGUUAAAGCUAAAAGGAUAUUUCUUUCCCAUGCUUUCACUUUGCUUUUCACUGUCCAUCCAAAUAAAAAUGUCCACUACUACAUCAGUUUGAGUUUAAGAAUAUGAGUUUGUAAGACGUGUGAAAAAGAGUGUAUGCAACUUGUUUUCCAUUAAUGAGUAUUUGGUUUAAUCUGAGUUUCUAAGAA